AUGGUCAGGAACCCGAACCAAUGGAACUGGAUCGGAAAGGCUAAGACACCCUGCCCACUCGCCGAGCCUGAGGACCUCGAAUGGAGCCAGGCUAGUAGCAAUACGGAGUGGAAUAGGAUGCUCAAGGAGAGGCUUAAAGAGCGCGACCGGCCCCACAGCGAGCGCGCAAAACUUCUGCAAGCCAAGGCCGCCGCCAGACAACAAUAA